UUUAUAUUUAGAAAUUAUAGUAAUAUAAAAGCACACUUAGUUUCUUAUCCAUCAUUAACUUCAUUAUAUGGAACAUCUUUAAAAUAUUUUUCAGUUGGUAUUUUAUUUACUUUUAAUCCAAUUAUUUUAAUGAUAUUUAUUUAUUCUAAAAGAGAAAGUUUCUAUUCUACAUUUUCAUCAUUAGCAUCUGGUAUGUUAUCAUUAAUAAUUUCAGAAGCUUUAUUAUUUGUUACAUAUUUUUGGGGUAUAUUACAUUUUAGUUUAUCUCCUUAUCCAUUAUCAAAUGAAGGUAUAAUUUUAACUUCUUCUAGAAUGUUAAUUUUAACAAUUACAUUUAUAUUAGCUAGUGCAUCUUGUAUGACUGCAUGUCUUCAAUUUCUAAUAGAAAAAGGAAUGAGUUUUGAAAUAUCAAGUAUUGUAUGUAUAAUAUAUUUAAUUGGUGAAUGUUUUGCAUCUCUUCAAACAACUGAAUAUCUACAUUUAGAGUAUUGUAUAAAUGAUGCCAUUUUAGGAACAUUAUUCUAUUGUGUAACAGGUUUACAUUUUUCACAUGUUAUUGUUGGUUUAAUAUUAUUAUUAACAUACUUUAUAAGAAUAGUUGAAGUUUAUGAUACAAAUAGUGAAUGGUCAUACUCAUUAUUUGGUAUAUCAUAUAUUGUUUUACCUCAUUCUGAUCAAAUUACUUUAUUAUAUUGGCAUUUUGUAGAAAUUAUUUGGUUAUUUAUAGAGUUCUUAUUCUAUUCAGAAUAA